AUACAACUAUCUAACCUUUUCUUUCAUCCCUUAGGUUGGGAGCCCCGCAUGACGUGUACCCUCAACCGUAUCAUCAGACAUGCGGAUGGGAGCUUGGGUACAUCAUGAGCUACCAUGAUGGUGGGCUGAGAAAACACUACUUUUCACCGUGCAGCGAAAGCCUGAUCCGAACAUCCCUCAGCUCAAAACUGCCGUCGUGUUUGGCGCUGAAUUUCGUCCACGACUACCUUACCCAAGUUCCCGGAGUGUACCCUGGAAAUGAGUUUAAUGGCAAUCUUUUCUGCAAAGCCAUGCAUCGGCACAUACCCACCAUCUAUUUUCCGGAACAAUUGCCAAAUAUCCUUCUGCGAUGUCGUGUGACGUGCAAUGAACCGCAAGGGUUCAACGGAGCCUACAAAUUUUACACACAUCAUGCUCUGGAGGGUACACCGUGCCACAGUCAGAACCAUAGAGCGGUCUGCAAGCGUGGCCAGUGCGUGCAACUAUAAUAAGUGGACGUUCACAAAACCUUUAAGUCUUGCUCUCAUCUUUCCAAGUGACAGUGUAUUCGGGGGACGCCUUCUCUGCUUGCUGCUUCCACGCAACUUCAUUAUUAAAGGGUCCCAAUUUAUGCUGACUUGAAAGGCAAAA